CUCAUUCACUCCGUUAACAUAAUCUGGAAAUAUUCGUCAUAUUUGCAAAUUUCCAAUAAAAUGUUUUCCUGUCUCACAUCCUGCCUUUGGUCGACGCUUCUCUAUUACGCCAUCCUUCCUGCCACUUUCCUGUUUGGGGCGCGGGUCAUCGUCAGAAAGCUACGAGGCAAGGUUGACCCCACGAAUGAGGUUGACAUUAAGGGAAAAACGGUGAUUGUGACGGGUGCCUCGGAUGGGAUUGGCAAAGCAACUGCGGAAGAGUUUGCCAACCGUGGAGCUAGAGUAAUUUUAGCAUGUCGAAAUUUGCAAAAGGCUGAGAAGGUUGUUCAAGAUAUCCGAUCGAGAACAAGGAAUGGUGAAUUGAUAAUAAUGCAUCUCGACUUAUCAUCACUUUCCUCUGUUCGAAAAUUCGCGACUGAAUUUAUCGAAAAGUACCCCUCUUCCCUGUCCAUCCUUGUCAACAAUGCCGGAAUUAUUAAUCCCGUCGGAGUACAAAAAACAACGGAAGACGGAUUUGAAGAAACUUUUGCUGUAAAUCACCUCGCUCAUUUCCUUCUCACAAACCUCCUCCUUCCCGAAUUAAAGAAAACUGGCGAAAGCAAUCCUACCGAAGCGAGUCGCAUAGUCAUCGUUUCUUCCGGUGGACACAGUUGGGGGUCACUAAAUUUUCACGAUUUAAUGUACCAAAAGACUCCUCUCAACGAUUUUGAAUUUAUAUCCAAACUUUACUGCAACUCAAAGUUGGCAAAUAAUCUGCACAAUCUGGAACUCGCCAGGAGGUUGAGGUCAGAAAAGGCCAACGUCAAUUGUUACGCGUUAUGUCCUGGCUUCGUUGCCACAAACAUUGGCAGAGAAAAUGGAGAGAAGCAUCCGAUGCCAUUUUGGGCAACACAUAUAAUGUUUCCACUAAUGAGAAUUGUUAUGGGGAAGGACGCAAGCGAGGGUGCCCAAACCACGGUGUAUUGCUCCCUCACGAAAUAUUUGUCCCAUCACAGUGGAGAAAUGUACCGAAAUUGCGAAUUCUGGGAUUAUAGCAAGAGACCCAAAUUGAGCGAGGAGGAUGCAGCAGCCUUGUGGGAAAAGAGUGAACAAUUAACUGGAAAAUUUUAAACAUUAAGUUCCUUGAAAAUACAAGUUCUUUGAGUUACGAUUUUAUUUUUUUUCUCUAAUAGUUGUCAUUAUCAUCAUAUCAUUACCUAUGUAUAUUAUAUAUUCUUUUUAUUAACGAAGGCCCAAUAACUAAACAACUAGAUAAGUCUUUGCUUCAAUUCUUUCGAGUUUUCAUAUAAUACAGAGCAUCGCUUUCUUAUCUGAUAAGGAUUUUGACCUUAAAUAACCCCGGAACGGUUUGUCGUAGUGUGUCAAAAUUUUGAGCAGACGAGCGUGUUAUCCUCAGAUAGAUGUGUGCAAAAAUUCAAUUCUCUACCUUAAAAAAUACCUCCCCCACAGUUCCCAGAAGUUGAGAUAGUCAUUUUUACUCUUUCCAAACUCCGUCUAAAAAAUUCGGUCUCCGCAGAAAAAUUUGUGUUUUCAAGUAUCCGACCCAAAAUAAGUCCAUUUGACUUAUAUUGGGGGAUUGUAUAUGCAUUUCACUAUUCGAAAUGGUUUUUAUCCCCAAUCUAGGUUCAAGGUCAUUUGCAUAAUCUUGGGUUAACUUUGUCGUCUGGGAAGACGCUGCGCCACGAUGAAAAAUUACCUUAUUUAUUUUUUCCCCGUGCUAUUUAGGAAAAUCUUACUAUAAAAGUGGUUUCGAUACACGGUCCACAUAAUGCUUUGCAGAUAUCUUCACUUUUUGAGGGACUUUGAUAAGUGGGAGGAUACCAGGACCGGA